GAAUGAGUUGUUGUUAUGGCAUAUAUUGAUAACCUAAUGAUAAGUACACGUCAUUUGCAGACAUAAACCACUCUCGCAUUCAAACCAAUUCAACGCUAACUCAAGAGUCGGUCAACUGAUCCGUAAUAAUGCCCCUGAAGCUGGACGUGAGGCGCCGGUUGUUGUCGCGCUCGGAUCGGGUCAAGUGUGUGGACUUGCAUCCGAUGGAGCCGUGGAUGUUGUGCUCACUCUAUUCGGGUCACGUCCACGUGUGGAACCACGAGUCACAACAGUUGGUCAAGUCCUUCGAGGUGUGCGAUGUGCCCGUCAGAGCCGCCCGAUUCGUGUCGCGCAAGAACUGGAUUAUCACCGGAUCCGAUGACAUGACUAUUCGUGUCUUCAAUUACAACACGUUAGAGAAAGUGCACUCAUUUGAAGCGCAUUCCGAUUACAUCCGCGCUAUUGUCGUGCAUCCGAUCCAACCCUAUAUCCUCACAUCGAGUGAUGACAUGUCAAUCAAGUUAUGGAAUUGGGAUAAGAACUGGGCUCACACUCAGGUCUUCGAGGGUCACACCCAUUAUGUGAUGCAAAUCGUGAUCAAUCCCAAAGACAACAACACCUUCGCCAGCGCUUCGCUCGACCGUACGGUCAAAGUGUGGCAAAUGGGCUCCAGUUCUCCUAAUUUCACUCUCGAGGGACACGAAAAGGGUGUCAAUUGUGUUGACUACUGUCACAGCGGAGACAAGCCGUACCUGAUAUCGGGCGCCGACGACCGGUUAGUGAAGAUUUGGGACUACCAGACGAAGACAUGUGUGCAGACACUGGACGGUCACGCGCAGAAUGUGUCGUCCGUCUGCUAUCAUCCGGAACUGCCUAUCAUUAUGACGGGCUCUGAAGACGGAACUAUGAGGAUAUGGCAUCUCAACACUUACCGACUCGAAAGCACUUUGAAUUACGGUUUGGAAAGAGUUUGGACCAUAUCUUGUCUGAAAGGAUCCAAUUGUGUGGCCAUUGGUUACGAUGAGGGAAGUAUUAUCAUUAAGUUGGGUCGCGAAGAGCCGGCCAUGUCUAUGGAUAAUUCGGGUAAAAUCGUUUGGGCCAAGCAUUCAGAGCUACAACAGGCAAACAUCAGAGCUCUCAACGACGCCGACGAACUCAAAGACGGAAACGUUUUACCGCUUAAUGUCAAAGAUAUGGGCAGUUGUGAGAUAUAUCCGCAAACCAUUUCCCACAACUCCAACGGCAGGUUUGUUGUGGUUUGCGGUGACGGCGAGUAUAUUAUAUACACUGCACUCACUCUUCGAAAUAAGAGCUUCGGUUCGGCUCAAGAGUUUGUGUGGGCUUUGGAUUCGUCUGAAUAUGCCGUUCGAGAGAACACAACAAAUGUCAAGAUAUUUAAAAAUUUCAAAGAAAAGCAAUCGUUUAAACCAGAGUUUGGCGCCGAAAGCAUAUAUGGCGGCCAUAUGUUAGGCGUGAGGUCUACGGCUGGGCUCGCGUUCUACGAAUGGGAAUCUCUGGAACUGAUCCGUCGAAUUGAAAUCGAACCGAAGAACGUGUUUUGGUCUGAAAACGGAGAUCUCGUUUGCAUCGCAACCGAAGAGUCAUUUUUCAUUUUGAAAUACAAUUCCGAAGCUGUUGUCAAAGCAAAGGAUACCAGAGAUGCCAUCACUGAAGAUGGAAUUGAAGAGGCGUUUGAUGUGAUUGCAGAGCUCCAGGAGUCAGUUCGCACCGGUCUUUGGAUUGGAGACUGUUUUAUAUACACUAAUGGCGUGAAUCGACUCAAUUAUUUUGUUGGAGGAGAGAUCGUUACAAUUGCUCAUUUAGACCGUACAAUGUAUUUAUUGGGUUAUAUUCCUCGCGAAAAUCGUCUGUAUUUGGGAGAUAAAGAGCUAAAUAUCGUAUCGUAUUCUCUAUUGUUGUCUGUAUUGGAAUACCAAACAGCAGUAAUGAGGACUGAUUUUGAAGCCGCCGAUCAAAUCCUGCCGUCGAUUCCGAAAGAGCAGAGGACACGAGUGGCACACUUUCUCGAGAAACAGGGCUUUAAAGCGCAAGCGUUGGCCGUCUCUACAGAUCCCGAGCAUAGAUUUGAUUUAGCGGUUCAGUUGAGUGACACUAAAAUCGCAUUCCAGUUGGCAUUAGAGGCACAAAAUGAACAUAAAUGGAAACAAUUGGCAGAAUUGGCCAUUUCUUUGGCACAGUUUGAUUUGGCGCAACAGUGUCUACAUAACGCCCAAGACUUUGCCGGUUUGCUUCUGUUGGCCACCUCUUCGGGCAAUUCAUCGAUGGUUGAAAAACUGGCCGAUUCUGCACAGGAGAAGGCCAUUAACAACGUAUCGUUUUUAUCGCAUUUCAUAUUAGGAAACACUGAGAAAGCGUUGAAUGUAUUGAUUGAAACGAAUCGUUUGCCAGAAGCGGCGUUCUUCGCGCGGACAUACUUCCCAACACAGGUCUCACGAGUGUUGCAACUCUGGAAAGAGAGCGUCACUUCAAAGACUAAAAGCGAUAAGUCUGCGCAGGCAUUGGCCGACCCGACAGAGUAUGAAAACCUAUUCCCAAAUUUUGAGGAUUCACUGAAAGCGCAAACAUUUUUGGAUAAAAAACGCGAAGCGAAUGGCUUUGAAAAGGCCUCUAAUUUUCCCAACAUUUCAUACAAUCACGAAAGGAAUCCAAUCGAAGAAAUGAAAGCAGAAGCGAGUGGUGUUGAGUACAAUCCACACAACAAUAUGUCCCGAAACUCGAUGAGUGCGAGCAAAGAGAGCGCAGACUUUGAAGAAGCGCUCUCUUCUCUACCGAAGGAAAGGGACGGUAAGGCAGAGCCUAAAGAUAAUUCAUUAGAGGAUUUGGACGAAGACUUAGACAACUUAGACCUCGAGGACGAUAACAUAGAUGUUUCGGACGUUAAUCUGGAUGAAGAUCUCAUAAGCGAUGACUAAAACACCAUUUAUUGAAUUAAUUUUGCAAAGAAUUUAAUUUCUAUGUUUCUAUACAGUAAUCGAGUGAACGAUUGAUGAAAUCACAUGUUAUUUGAAAUACAUUUUAUAAUUUAUGUAAUAAAAA